AUGUCCUCAUCUGGAGGUAAAAAGAAAUUCUUAUAUUUAGGAAUAUUUAUUGGAAUUAUUCUGUUAUUAGCAACAUUAGGUGUUUCAAUUGCUGCACUAGUAACAGUAAAAAAUAAUGAAAAUUCUAAUACUAAUAAUAUAUCACCUAAUAAAGGAAGCCAAUCUUCAAUUGUACAAUUUUCAACUGUAGUUAGUAGUAAUAGUAUAUCAAUUAAAACGACAACAAUAAGUAGUAAAAACACUAAUAAUUCAAAUCAGUUAAAUAUACCAACACCAGGAACAGUAAAAAAUAACUCUAGUCAAGAAAAUGCUUAUAAAGAUGUCGUAAAAAAUCUUAAAUUAUCUGUUGAUUUAACAGCUAAUCCAUGUAAUAAUUUUUACCAGUAUGCUUGUGGAAAUUUUAAUGAUUCAAUGAGUUUUGACAAAAUUGAUAAUAAUAAUUUUAUUUUAAUGGCAACACAAAUAAAAAAAGAUAAUUAUAUUAAUGAUAAUUCACCACAACCAUUAAAAAUGUUAAAAAAAUAUUUUAACAAAUGUGUUGAUUUUCAAACAAAUCCAGGAUCGUAUUUAAAUAAUGGAAGUGUUAUAAAAUCUAUUUAUCAAAACAUUCAAAAUAAUAUAAAAACACCAUUCCCAUUAUUAAAUCAAAAAUCUAAUCAACCAUCUGUACCAUCAUCAAAUGAACUUGGUAGAGUUAUUGGUUUAAUUUCAGGUGUUUAUCAAUCUGAUACAUUUAUUACUGGAUAUACUGAUACUAAUUGGAAACAUCCUUCUAAAGGAUAUUCAUUUUUUAUUGAUCAACCAACAUUAACAUAUAGUAGUACAUAUUAUAAUAAAGUUUGGAAUUCAACUGAUUUAAAAGCUGUUCAAGGAACAAUUGAUUUAAUGAAUUCUUUAGCUAAUAUUAUUGGAGUUAAUUUAGAUCAAAAUAUUUUAUCUAAAGAUAUUAAUGAUAUAUUUAAUUUAGAAAAAAUGAUUGCAUCACAAAUGCUUACUAGUGAUGAUGUUCGUCGUCAAUAUUCUCGUUCAUAUGUUCCAAUGACUGUUUCACAAGCAACAAGAACAUUCCCAAAUUUUAAUUUUACAUCUUAUUUAAAUAAUGUUGCUGUUAGUGCAUCUGAUGAUGUUAAAAAUUACAUUAAUUCUGAUAAUUUUAAAAUUAUAAUUAUGGAAGGAGAAAGAUUAACACAAAUUAUUGAUGCUUUAACAAAUCCAUCUUCUACUAAUUAUAUUUCACCUAGAUUAUUUUAUAAUUAUAUUUAUUAUAGAGCACUUAUUCAACAAAAAGAUUGGUUCCCUAUAGAUUCUUCAUUUAAACUUAGACAACUUAAUGAUUUUGAAAAUACUAAAAAACAACUUUUUAAAUAUGAUGGUGUUAGAAGACGCCCAAAAAAUGAUAAAGUUGAACAAAAAGAUUUGUCAUAUGCUGAAAUUGCAUGUGCCUCAUAUUCAAUGGGUGAUAUUCAAUAUGCUAAUGCACGUGCUUUUGUUGAUGGAUUAUACCCAACAUCUAAUGAUCGUACAACAAUAAGACAAAAUGUUGGUAAAUUAAUAACAAGUAUUUUAUCUGGAUUUCAAAGUAUGCUUGAUGGACUUGAUUGGAUGGCACAAGAAACUAAAGAAAAUGCAUAUAAAAAAAUAAAUAAUCUUGUUAAAAAUAUUGCUUUUCCUGAUUGGAUAGCUGAUGAUAACCAACUUACUGAUUAUUACAGUAAAUUAAUAAUAAAUGAUGGUGAUACUUUUGUUGAUAUUGAACAAAAAAUAGCUGUAUUUAAUAGUUAUACUCAAUUUCAAUAUCUUCUUUUAUCACAAACAAAUAGACUUGAUUUUAGUGGACCACCAGGAACAGUAAAUGCAUGGUAUCAACCAGAAGUCAAUUCAAUUACAUUUCCUGGAGCUAUUUUACAAAGGCCAUUUUAUGAUGUAAAUUAUCCAGCAUCAAUAAAUUAUGGUGCUAUGGGAGUAAUUGCUGGUCAUGAAUUAACUCAUGGUUUUGAUGAUGAAGGUGUACAAUGGAAUGAUGUAGGAAGAUUAAGUACAUGGAUGGAUAGUCAAUCAAAAGUAAAUUUUACAAAUAUGGCUAAUUGUGUUGUCAAAGAAUAUAGUAACUUUUGUCCAUAUAAAGAUGAACCAUGUGUUGAUGGAGCUCAAACACAAGGUGAAAAUAUUGCUGAUAAUGGUGGUAUUCAUUCUGCAUGGAGAGCUUAUCAUAAUUAUGUUGCAUUUAAUGGUCCAGAUCCUCAAUUAGAUGAUCCAAUUUUUUCUCAAUUUACACAUGAUCAACUUUUCUUCUUAUCAUUUGCACAAGUAUGGUGCCAAAUUUCACCAAAUGAAGCUGAAAUGACACGUCAAAUAUUAGUUGAUCCACAUUCUCCAUCAAUUUAUAGAGUAUGGGGUACUAUUCAAAAUUUCCCAGCAUUUAAGACUGCUUUUAAUUGCCCAGAUAAUACAAAAUAUGCUCCAUCUAAUCAUUGUAAUGUUUGGGUAUCUGAUGUCAAUCCAUCAAUUGGAAUGCCAAAUAAUACAGGUUCACUUCCAGAUCUUAAUAUUCCAACUCCUGCUGUUGCACUUAAGAAUAACACAAAAUAUCAAGUAUAUUCAGAUUUAUUAGAAAAAUCUGUUGAUUUAACUGUAAAUCCAUGUGAAGAUUUUUAUGGAUAUGCUUGUGGUAAUUAUAAUGAUGAAGUUAGUUUAAAUAAAAUGGAUUUUAAUAAUUUAAUAACAAUGGCAUCAGGUUUAUCAAAAAAUAAUCCAAAUGAUCCAAUUGCUGUUCAAAAAGUUAAACAACUUUUUAACACAUGUGUUAAUUUUUCACAAAGUCCAGAUGCAAAUAAAUAUAAUGAAGAACAGGCUCAACUUCAAUAUUUAUCAAUGAAUUUUAUUAUGAAAAAAAAUGAUAUGCCAUUAUUUACUGGUAAUAAUGUUGAUAUAAAUUUAUUUAAAGAUCCAAAAAUUUUUGCUGAUAUAAUGGGAAAGAUGAAAAAUAUUUUAUCUAUUGAUACAUUUACACCAACAUAUGUAGAUACUAAUUGGAAAAAUCCUAAAGGUAAACAACCAUAUAUGGUUUAUGUUGAUCAACCAUCAUUAUAUUAUCCAUGGAAUUUUUAUACAAAUAUUACAUGGCCACAAAUUAAAAUAUCAUAUGCAUCACGAAUUCAACAAACAAUACAAAUUAUAGCUACAUUCUUUAAUAAAACAAUGCCUGAUCCAGAACAAUUAGCUAUAUUUACACAAAAAAUUAUGGAUUUUGAAAAAAUGAUUGCUUCAACAAUGAAUGUUGAUGAUACAACACGUAGACAAUAUUCAUCAAUGUAUAAUUUAUAUACAGUAUCUAAUGCUACUUCACAAUUUAAUAAUUUUAAUUUUAAAAUAUUAUUCUAUAAUAUGGCUAAUAGUGAUCCAUCAGCUGCAAUUCAUAUAGCUAAUGAUAACUAUAUUUUUUCUAUUAAUGAACCAUUAAUGCUUACUAAUGUUAUGAAUUAUAUUCAAAGUAUGACACAAGAACAAACUAAUGAUUUUGCAAAUUAUUUAUAUCUUCGUUCAUUUUUAAAUAUUAUUGAUAAUGGUUAUCUUAAUACACUUGGUGAACAAAUGUUUGGUAAUUUAUAUGCAUUUAUUGAAGAAGAUGAAAAAAUAACUAUUUAUAAACCAAUUAUUGGACGACCAAAAAUUGUAACAUUACGAAGUAUGAAUAAUUUUAUGAAAAGACAAAAUAUUGAUGAUGUAACACAAAUUCAAGUUAAUUGUGCUUCUUUAACAGUAUCUUCAAUGCAAUUUGCCAAUGCUAGAGUUUUUAUUGAUGAACUCUAUCCAACAAAAGAAGCUAAAGCAGCUAUUAAAGAUCAUGUUGGUAAAGUAGCUAACAGUAUACUUAUUGGUUUUAGAUCAAUGAUUGAUGGAUUAUCAUGGAUGCAAACAUUUUCAAAAAAAUCAGCAUAUGAUAAAAUUGAUAAUCUUGUCAAAAAUAUUGCUUAUCCAGAAUUUGUUAUUGAUGAUACACAAUUAAAUAAUUAUUAUAAUACAUUAAUAUUUGAUCCUUCAAUUAAUGAUCUUAAUGCAUAUAUGAUUGUUAUUAAUUUAUUUAAUACACAAACACAAUUAGAUUAUCUUUUAUAUACAAAUGGUACACAUAGAACUGAUUUUAAUGGACCUCCUGGAAUUGUUAAUGCUUGGUAUCAACCAGAAUUAAAUUCUAUUACAUUCCCUGCUGCUAUUCUUCAAAGACCAUUUUAUGAUCCUGAAUAUCCAGCAGCUAUUAAUUUUGGUUCAAUGGGUGUUGUAGCUGGUCAUGAAUUAACACAUGGUUUUGAUGAUGAAGGUGUACAAUGGAAUGGAUAUGGUGAACUUAAUCCAUGGAUUGAUGAUGUUUCAAAAAAAAGUUUCCAACAAAUGGCUAAUUGUGUUAUUGAAGAAUAUAACAAUUAUUGUCCAUUAGCUAAUACUUCAUACACUCCACAAUGUAUAAAUGGUGCUCAAACACAAGGAGAAAAUAUUGCUGAUAAUGGUGGUAUUCAUUCAGCUUUUAGAGCAUACAAAGCUUAUGUUGAUUUUAAUGGACCAGAUAAAAGACUUCCUGGAAAAUUUGCUUCUCAAUUUACACAAGAUCAACUUUUCUUCCUUGCAUAUGGACAAAUAUGGUGCCGUAAACCAGUUUCUGAACAAUCAACAUAUAGAUCACUUUUAACAGAUGUUCAUAGUCCUGAUGAAUAUAGAGUUUUAGGAACUGUAAGAAAUUUCCCAGCAUUUAGAAUUGCUUUUAAUUGUCCUUUAAAUUCAUCAGAAGCACCAAUUGAUCAUUGUAAUGUAUGGGUAACUGAUAUUUCAUCAAAUACAACAACUGGAAGUAUCUCACAAACAAAUAUUUUAUCUAAUAAUCAUAUAUAUGGAAGUGAUAAUCUUUCUAAAUAUGCCGCUUAUAAUAAAACUGCUGAAAUUUUUAAAUAUGCAUUAAAUACAUCAGCUGAUCCAUGUAAUGAUUUUUAUAAUUAUGCAUGUGGUUCUUAUAAAAAUCAACUAAGUUUUAAUGUUUAUAGAGAUAGAAAUUAUGAAAUUAUUUCAAAUGCUUAUAAUAAUAUAAAUAAAAAUCCAUCAAAUCAACCAGAUGCUGUUAAAAAAGCAUUAAAACAUUAUAAUACAUGUAUUAAUACAAGAAUUAAUAUGGCAAAUUAUUCUAAUGGUGUACAAAUUAAAAAGAAAUUUAAUAAAUUUGUUCAACAAACAGGUAUUGCAUUUGAUAUAAUGAAACAAACACCAAUGAAUUUUGAUAAAAUAAAUCUUGGUAAUGUAAUGGGUUAUCUUAGUUCUGUUGAAGGAAUUAAUACUUUUAUAACACCAAUGGUUGAUAGAAAUCCAAAUGCUAAUAAUUAUAAACUUAUGUUUGAUCAAAAUACUCUUGUUGAUGGUAAAUUAUAUUAUCUUGGAGAAACAUUUUCUAAAUAUACUGAAGAAUCACUUACAAAAACAGCUAUUUAUCUUUUUACAAAUUGGUUAAAUUUCAAUGGUAUUUCAGUAUCACAAGAUACUAUUACAAAUGUUGCUAAAAAAUGUGUUCAAUUUGAAUAUAUUUUAGCUAACAAUUAUAGUACAGAUGAAAUUACUAGAAGAAAUUUUAAUCGUUGGAAUAAUCCAUAUGAUGUCAGUAUAUUGAAUAAUAAAUUCCCAUUCCUUGAUUGGAACAAUUUUAUUAAUAAAUUAUUUACAUUUGCUAAUCAACCAACUCUUUCAUCAUAUGUUAAGAAUGUUUUAAUUAUGGAAACUAAUCAAUUAACUAAAUUUGGCAAUGCUUUAACAAGUGGUAAAUUUUCUAAUAAUGAUUUAAGUAAUUAUUUCUUAUAUCGUUUCUUAAUAAAUAAUCAAUUUAUUUUACCAAUUACAACAACUAAUAUGGUAAAACUUUUUGAACAUAGACAUAAUGGUCCAAUAUUAGGAAAAGAAAAUAAAGAAGAUAGAAGACGUCAAUUAGAAACAGCAUUUAUUAGUACAGAUAUUUCUAAUGCAUGUGCUAUGGAAAAUAUGUGGAAUGUUCAAUAUGCUAAUGCACGUGUUUUUGUUGAUACAAUAUAUCCAACAGAUCAAGAUAAAAAAGGAAUUAGAGAUUCUUUAAGACAAUAUAUUACAAAUAUUAAAACUGGUUUUCAAUCAAUGAUAGAUCAAUUAGAAUGGAUGGAUGAUAAUUCAAAAGCUGGAGCAUAUAAAAAAAUUUUAAAUCUUCAAGUUAAUUUAGCUUUUCCAGAUUUUAUAUUAAAUGAUAAUAGUUUAAACAAUUAUUAUCAAAAUUUGAUUCUUCCAGAUGAUUAUGUUGAUAUGUUAACAACUUUGACAGUAUUUAAUAAUUAUUUACAAUAUAAUUAUCUUAUACAAUCUUCUGUAGAUCGUACUGAUUUCUUAUCAGCUCCUGCUACAGUUAAUGCUUGGUAUCAACCAGAAUUAAAUUCAAUUUCAAUUCCAGCUGGUAUAUUACAACAACCAUAUUUUGAUGUCAAUAGACCAGCUUCUGUUAAUUAUGGAGCUAUGGGAAUGAUUGUAGGUCAUGAAUUAACUCAUGGUUUUGAUGAUCAAGGUGUUCAAUGGGAUGACCAAGGUUAUCUUAAUGGAUGGAUGAGUGUAAAUUCAACAGCUGGUUUCUUAAAUAUGGCACAAUGUGUUAUUAAUGAAUAUAAUAACUUUAAACCAGAUAUUCUUAAGAAUAGUUCACCAAAUCAUGUUAACGGAGCUAAUACACAAGGUGAAAAUAUUGCUGAUAAUGGAGGUAUUCAUGCAGGAUGGAGAGGAUAUAAAAAUCAUAUUGCAUUAAAUGGUCCAGAUCCACAACUUCCAGGAAAUCUAAUGUCACAAUAUACUCAUGAUCAAUUAUAUUUCCUUUCAUUUGCCCAAGGAUGGUGUCAAGCUCCACCAACUGCUGAUGCUUUGUUAAAACAAAUUUUAUCAGAUGUUCAUUCUCCAUCAGAAUAUAGAAUAUGGGGUACAAUUCAAAAUUUCCCAGCUUUUAGGACUGCUUUUAAUUGUCCAAUUGGAUCAGCAUAUGGUCCUGUAGACCAUUGCAAAGUAUGGGUUCCCAAAAAUUCAUAA